AUGGUCGCGUUGACAUGCCGCUGGUGGCUCGCGGUGGGCAGCUUGGCCACCGCCGUCGCCUUCAAGGUUGCCGAGGCACCGAUGCAGAUCGUCAAAACCGAUAACGAGACCCUCAAGAAGGAAGUGGAGGGGAUCGCGGCGAAGAACAUGGAGGAAGAGUUCAAGCAAAUGAAUGACAUCCCGAACCCUGCGAACUUCACACUGAACGGAAGCAUGCCAAAUGCCUCCCAGGGUGUUGGUGAGCUCGGGAAGAGCUUCGAGUUCAUGAUGCUGAAGCUGGCCCAGCUUGAGACGCUGUGCGAGUUGCAGCAGGCUGAGCUCGAGACAUUGAGGAAGACGGUGAAAGGUCUUGCCGAGCAUGUGGAUCACCCGGACAGCGUGGCGUCUUUGGUGCAGAAAGACGAGAAAACCAGAAUGCAAGAGACCCAGCAAACCCUGAAGAGGGUGCUCGCCAAGCACGCUCAGCAGCACAAGAACAAGGACUUCCAUCCAAAGGCUUCUCGGCAAAACUACCGCCCGGCUGACGCCAAGCCAGAGUCCCCGAAACAUGCCGGCGAAGCCGGGGCGAGUGACCGAGCCGAGCUGCUGGCAGGAGGAGCCCAGCAGUCGGGAAGCAAAGGCUUGCACAGGUGGGGUGCGGUCGGUGGCUGGGUCGAGGACCGCGUGCAGGAUGUCAAAAGCGUCGCUGAGAGCACAGCGGAUGCCUACGCGGCAGCCACUGACAAGGUGGCCUCCGUGGCCUUCGUUGCCAAUACGGUGAUUGACACCGUGGAGAUGGCCGUGCAGAUCCUUCUGAAAGGCUUCACCGAUUGGGCCGCCGACUGCGAAAUCAGCGGACCCAGCAUUCGGGACUACAUCGAAGAAUGUGAGAUUACGGGCUCCCGAGAGCAAAGCAUGGGCUUUUGGGGGGGGACAAUCAGGAUCCCCAUAAUCGAGUGUAGACGAAGGAGUGUCCUGAUGGCGCUUGACUGGGGUCGGCAGAAGUGUUGGAUCCGCCUGAUGGGCCAGCAGAUUACGCUUUUCGACUUCAACUUUGGGUCCCUUGAAAUGACGUGGCCGGCUCCAAUUGAAACAGCUAUCGACAUCGGCACAGGACUGAGCCACUGUGGCGGUGGCAACAUCUUCACGUGCCUGAGCAACAAGAUCUUGAACCACAUCACGUGGCCCGACAAGUUGAAGAAGGUUGUCGAUGGCAGAGUCCAGGAUCUGCUGCCCUCGCAGAUGCGGAUACUUGCUCACAUCGGGUGGGAGCUGCAGACCCACUGCCACACCCACAACCAUGUUGAGAUGACCAAGUGUCUUGCCAGAUCACUUGCGAAGUACAGUCCACCAGUGGACUUCCUGCCCGACCCGUUGAAGAAAGUUGCUAAUGGCCAAGUCUUGGAUCUUCUGCCUGAUCAAGUAAAACUCGUUGCAGGAUCGACGUACGAGGCUGUCCGGACG